CAGAAAGCAUGAAAGAAGGUGAGAGUCACCGCGUCGGGACAGUAAGACGCAGGCUCAAGAGUCAUUGGCACAGCGAACGCGGCCAUGUUUGCACACGCAGAAACGGUACCAACGGCUGGCUUUUCGCCGAAACAACGCGACGCCGGUGUAUCCUCAUCAAGAAGCGUGCCGCUGUCCUACACGCUUUACGAAUCGGAGGAAGCCGAGUCGUCCAAAGCGCCCCCUGUUAUAGUCCUGGAUGCUAUCUUCGGCGUCAGAAGUAAUUGGAGCGAGCUUUCGCAAGCCAUUGCCAGUCAGACGGGACGAAAUGUGUAUGCCGUGGACGCGCGCAACCACGGCGACAGCCCGCACACCUCCGACAUGGACUACGCGCUCAUGGCUGCCGAUAUGGAGCUCUUCAUGCGCGAGCACGGGCUGCCGAAGGCGGCCUUCGUCGGACACAGCAUGGGCGGCCGGACGGUGAUGCGCCUCGCACUCAAAACGCCGUCCCUGGUCGAGCGGAUAGUGGUGGUGGACGUCGGCCCUUCUUCAGUGCCGGCCAUCGUGGGCAACUACCUGGUGCCGCAGCAGCUGGACGCCAUGGACGCCGUCCUACCCCGACUCUCUCCGGACUUGAGCGUGGAGGAGGCCCACCGAGAGGCUGACCGCAUGCUCGCCGGCAGAGCGACCCUCGAGAAUCCCUCCAUACGUUCGCUCCUGCUGGCCAACUUGCGACGGAACGGGGACCGCUACGAGUGGCGAGUGAACGUGAAGUCCGUGAGGGACAACCUUCCGAAGCUUGUGCGCGCCGAGGACCUCAAGGGCUUCACUUCCGAUGUCGACGCGCUGUUCAUCUGCGGAGGGCAGUCUCCAUACGUCACGAGCGUCGAGCACGGGGCCAUCCGGCGUGCGUUCCCCAACGCCCGAAUCGUGACCGUCGAAGGGGCGGGCCACUGGGUCCACCGGGACAGGCCCGCGAUUUUCCUGAACCUCGUCAAAAACUUCGUGGCGCGGCAACAGUAAAAAUUAUGCCUCGGCGAUGUCGCUGUACCACGUCGCUCUAAUGCUUUGCACAAACCCCUUUUUGGAGAGCGAUGGGUGCGCUGAUAAAAAUGAGCAGUGUCUCCUUUAACAUUACGCAAUGGUGCGAAGGCACCGCAAUGUUACACAGCUUGGCACAUCGCAGUGCAACGAUGUUACAGAGGACAUUGCUCGUUUUUAUCAGCUACAGUGUAGUCUAUCGCUCUGAACGACGUGUGUUGCAUUCAGGGCAUUGCUGCGAAGAGUUUGCUGUAUCCGAAGGGAUCUUCCUCUGUGGGCACGAUCGUAUGCACAAGGAAAGAAGAAACCGCAGACCUCCUCUUAUUAAACA